GAGAGGUGAGCAGAAAAAGGAAAAAGUAGAGCAAAAUCAGGGUCCCCUUAGUUAUAGUAAAACCCCAGCGCGCAAAACCUUGCAGCCCUUUCUUUCCUUACUCUUUUUUUCGCUUUUGAACCUCACCAGUUACCGUAGCGACUGUUUCACGUACAUAGAGAUUUCGAGCGAGCAUGGACCUGGACGACAUAGACGGACCGAGCCAAGUUCCGUCUCGGACCUCAAGAUUUGCGCCGAAAUCCUCCAAGCUGAAACCGAAACCGAAAUCCGAACCCAUAUCGAAACCGGAGCCCCAAGAAUCCGUGCCAAAACCAGAACCACAGGAACUCGAUGCCACCGCUCCGAAUAAAAAAGAAGAACAAGAAGCGAUUGCGGCAAAUGCAAAUGCAAAUGCAAACGCAAAGGCCGAGGCAUCGACUUCGGAUGGCGCUGUGAAAAUGGACAUCGACGGCAAGUCGGGCGGCGGCGGAGAAUCAAAGGAAAACGAUGCAAUGGAUGAUGAAGACGGGGACGGUGGCGACGACGGCGGCGAAGACGUAGUUGUUCGCGAAAUUGACGUCUUCUUCAAUCCUGCCAUGGACGACGGCACUAAGCUAUAUGUUAUGCAAUAUCCAUUGCGGCCGUGUUGGAGGCCCUAUGAAUUGGAUGAUCGAUGUGAAGAGGUUAGGGUGAAACCUGUGAGUGCACAAAUGGAAGUAGAUUUGAAAAUUGAUGUUGAUUCGAAGAAUUACGACAAAGAUUUUGGCGAACGGCUGGAUAUGACCAAGCAGACUUUGUCGUCAUCGUGGAAGGUGCCACUCAAUACUGGCUAUGCUGUUGGUGUCCUGAUGGGUAAUAAGUUACACCUGAAUUCAAUUCAUGCGGUUGUGCAGUUCCGACCGUCAUUGAAACAUCCAAGGGCUGGUGGCUCAAAAAGGAAGAACAAUGUUGCAGGUGAUGCAGAAGUUUCUGUUGAAUUGGAAGAAUCUGCUGAAGAAAAAUCUGUUGGUCCAUCUAAGAAGCAGAACAAGCGGAUGGAGCCUUCAACUGAGAAGAAAACUGAUGAUGAAGAGCCUUGGGUUGCUCUCAAGUACCAUGGCUCAAAGACUGAUUUCUCUGCCAGAUAUUUACAAAGAAUGGUAGCACAAGAAGGCUCUCCUAUACAAUUUACAAUGAACCCGUCUGACUAUGUUGACUCCUUGUGUCCUGGGGCAGGCAACAACAUUAAGCCCAAAGGUCCUUCAACAAGGCUUUUGCUUUCACUUCCUCUGGGAGAACGUAUCAAGAAACUGCUCUGUGAGGGGCCUCCAGUUCAACGAUUCAAAUUUCUGAAACACUUUGCUCCAGAUUACUCCAAUGAAGAAUUUUUGCUAGUCCUUCAGGAGCAUGCUCUACUAAUCCAUGGAGUUUGGACUCCAAAAAGUAUAUUGCUAAACCAAGAGGGCAGUGAAUCAUACAUUUUUAGGAAUUACACCCUUCUGUUAUUUAGGGAAAAAUUAACAAUUUCAGAAUCAGAUUUCCCAUUGAGAUUUAUAAAAAAACUUCAACCCUUCCUGGAAGCUUUCGCUGUCAAUAGAUCUUCCUUUAAAUCUAAUGAUUGGAAAUUCAAAAGGCCUAGUGAUGAUGCAUCUAUAAAACCCUCCCCAGAAAUUCUUAAGGCCCAAAAUGAUUUUUGGGCCCAAAUGGAGAAAGAUGUUUAUAAUGCUAUUGGAAUAAAAAAAGAUAGGGCUCAGGAAAAUAAUGCUGUCUCAAAGCCUAUCAUGACUCGUCUGCCUCGAAAAACUGUGAACUCUGAUGAAGAUUUGGCCAAAAAUGCAAGUGUAGUAUCCAGUGGGAGGAAGACUAUGUCAGAAGAAGCCCGAGUAGCUCUCCCAAAGGUCCUCCCAAAAGUUUUUCAAACUCACAAGGUUUGCAGCUUUCAACAGAUAUGCCAAGGUCUGCGUGAUUUGGCACUUUCCCAAUCUACACUUCCAAAGGCAGAUGCUAGAAGGGUAGUUGAUGCUGCAUCUGGCGUUGAUGCUCCAGAAGAGUUGAAGGAAUUCAUAAACCAAGUUGCAACAGAGAUUCAUGGUCGUUAUGUCUUAAAGUCAUCUGCAGAACACCCAGAAUAUGAUCCAUUGAGGAAAGUUGUAAUUAACCUUCUACGUGGAGGAGGACCUGAUGUGAAGCUUAGAAGGGCUGAGGUCUCUGAAGCUGCCAAGAUGGCUCUUAAGAGGGAUAUCACUAAUAUUGAAUAUACUAAGGUUAUGAGUGAUAUUUGUGUCUCCAAAGGCUCCGCAUGGGUCUUGAAAAGUAGUGAUGGAAAUUCAAAAUGACCCUAUACUGUUCAUUGGAUUAAUGACAAAAAAAACUAUUACAAGUUGUUUGCUAGCCUUUUGAAGGAUCCGAAGAUUGGCUGCUAAUGUAAUAGAUAACUGUGUCUACAUAUCCUUUUCUCCAUUAAAAAGGGGUUCAGCAGUGUAAUUGGAAGUGGAAUUUCACUUGUAGAGCAGUUACGCCUCACCACAUAUAGACAGUUUGUUGCGUCAAAUUUUCAUGGUUUUCUUGUAUGCUGUUGUCUACCAAGUGUGCUCACAGACCUGGUAGUUUGGAGUACUUGUUGACAAGAAACUGGAAUUGGUUGAAAGGUUGGUGGUGAAGCGCCUCGCUAGGUCCUUAAAAGGGCAAAGCGUCGCAUUUUGUUAGCACUUGCACUGAGCUUGCCGUCCCCAUUUAGCUCUAAUGAGAUAUCUAUAUUGCUAUUUAGUACAUCAAACAUGGUCCUAUCAUCCAUUUAUGUCUCUUGUACCAUAUAUAACUUGGAUUUUGAUAUAGUCGCAUAUGUUCAGAAAAUCAAGUUUAAAUAUUCUUCUA